AGAAGAAGAAGAAGAAGGAGGAAGACGACACACAGUACAGAGUAAGUUCAAUAGGCGUCAGACUGAUUGAAACACUGCAGUGCAUCAUAAGGGAUGAGGGCGCUCACUUUGCAUCGCACAAAUGUGGCCCAAGGAGAGCAGCAGCAGACCACAUGCGGGAGAAGUUUGUCCUCCAACUAUGCUCCUCCGAAUCUGGAGAAUAAGUUCUUAACUCAAACCUCCACACUCUUUGCAGCACAGCCUUCCUCUUGCCCCUCUCUCCAGCCCUCCAUCCUGUCGUCCACCUCAUCCUCCCUUCUCUCCACGUUUCCCUUCUCGCCGCCCCUCCCCUCUCCUCUCCUCAGUACAGAGAACAAGCUCCUAAGUACCCAUUCACCUGGUCUCUCCUUUUCCCUCACCUCCUUUACAUCUGUCCCUAAUGCCUCUCUGCUCUCCACAUCCGUGGCCAGCAGUUCUCUGCUCAAUCGCUGCUCUCAUCCUUCUUCAUUCCUCCAUCCUGCUCCGGGUGGAGAACAGAAGAGGGACGAUGGAGGAGACGAAGGCAGGGAGGAUACAUCUGAAGUGAUGCAGUCCUCUUCUGAAGAAAUAAGUGUGUAUUCUGAUGAAGAUUAUGUUUCGACUGAAGAAGAGCAGGAGGAUGAUGCUGGGACAGCCAUGGAAUUACCUGCUCUGGAAACAGAGUUGGACAACCAGGAGCUGGAACACACGAUGGUCAUCAGACAGGAGGGAUUUGCUGAGAUUGAUAGAGGAAAUGAAAGUGUUGAAGAGGAGCUGAAAGAUAAAAAGUAUCUGCUGCUGAACUUGGUGUGUUGCUCCCUGGUCAACAAGAGCACAGCUCCAGGACAGACGGACUGGGACUCAGAGAACAGUGUUUGGACAAAGAUCACAAACCUGGCCAAAGACAUUUCUGACAGUGACCCACAGUUUCUUCUCAAGGUGGCAGUUUACACUCGACAGGAGUUGAACAUCCGCAUCACGGCAAACUUCUUAUUGGCUCUGGCUGCCAAUCAGCCCGCCUCCAAGUCACAUGUCCGCAGAUACUUCUGCGCUGCCGUCCAGCUGCCCUCAGAUUGGCUGGAAGUAGUCAGAAUCUAUAGUGCAUGCUUCAGCCGCUCACUGCCAAUGUGCCUGAAGAAGGCGAUGGCUGACAAGUUCAAACAGUUCAACGAGUUUCAGCUGGCCAAAUACAACACGCGCAAACACCGCUGUAAACACAACCGCAACAACAAGAGCAGCAAAGCCAAGAAACCGACGGCUGAGCAGCUGAAGAAGUGGGCGGACUUGCUCCGAUCAGAAGAAUUUCUUCUGGAGAAGUUUGUGAAGUCAAAGUCAAAUGACAGCAAAGUGGUGGUGGAUAAAAAGCAGACUGAGUUCAGUAUAAAGAAGAUGAUCAAGAGGCUUCACAUUAAGGAACCGGCUGAACAUGUUAUGGCCAUUCUGGGGAAAAAAUAUCCUGCAGACCUGAAGACGUUCACCCGCAGUGGAAUGAAGGGCAGGUGGGACAGGGAGAGAGCCGGGAAGCGAAUGAAGCUCAAAGUGCCGGAGACGUGGGAACGUCUGCUCAGCCUGGAGGGCAACAAGGCCGCCACCUGGGAGAAGCUCAUAGACAAUAAGUCUCUUCCAUUCAUGGCCAUGCUGAGGAACCUGAGGAACAUGAUCACUAAAGGCAUCAGUGAGGCUCAUCACAACAUCAUCCUCAGCAGACUGACCAACAAGAAAGCAGUUAUUCAGAGCCGUCAGUUUCCCAUCAGAUUCCUCACGGCCUACAAAGUCAUCAUGGAGCUGAACACUUUGGCCGUAGUAUCAGAGCAAGCAGUCCCCCCCGUUGAAGAGAUCCUGAAGAGCAUCCUCAAAAAGAUUCCCAAGAGCAAGCGCUUCAAAACCAAGGAAUGGGACACGACUCCGAGGAGCCGGAUCAAGGUGACACUCGGAGUGCCGUUCAUCUAUCGACUGUACCGAGCGAAGAAGGACCAGCUGCUGAAGGCCAAUCAGAGAGAGUUCACUGUUGUGCUGUUGGACCGUUACCGCAAAGCUCUGGAGACGGCGGUGGAGCUCUCCUGUCGCUACAACGUGCCCCCGCUCCCCGGACGGACCGUUAUCUUAAUGUCCUCUAACUUCGAGGGCAAGUAUACGAAACAGGACUUCUGCCUCCCACCAGACCCCGAGCAAAAAGACGAGGAAGAAGAACAGGAAGAAGAACAGGAAGAAGAACAGCGCAGAAAGAGCAAGACAAACCCGGAGGACAAACUGACUCCUUCUAUGAUGGAGCUGGCAGCGUUGCUGUCUCUGAUGAUCGGCAGCAGUGCCGAGGACAGUGCGCUCUGCGUCGUAGGGUGGAGUCACGCUGAAGAAGUCGAGCUGAAGUCUGCUGUUCUUCUGGAUAAUGUCAGGAGUGUCAUUAAGCAAGCAAAGGCUUGUUCAGAAAAGCCAAGUGACGAUAAUGUCACCUCUUUCUUAUCCUCGAUGUUCACCAAGAACCAAAAGGUGGACAACAUCAUAGUGCUGACUGACUCUUGGCUCAAUCAUGAAAUCGAGUGGGUGAUCAACCGCUACAGGAAGGAAGUGAACAACAAAGCCCUCGUGGUGCAAAUCUUCUUGUCAGAGCGACCGUCAGAGUUCGUCUCUGACAGGAACUGUGUGAAGCUGUCGGGCUUCAGUGAACAGAUGCUGAGGUUUGUUGCAGAACGAGGAUCCUCCAGGCUGCUGGACCAUGUGGAGCAUUUAGACAAACUGUACAAAGUCCCACCACCAGAGGGCGCUGAAGGCCCUCAGACCACGAACGAUGUCGUCCAAAUACCCGCCAGCCCCAAGUUAAGGUGGCGAGGAGUGCGCGUGUUUAUCUCCUCCACCUUCAGAGACAUGCACACCGAGCGCAACAUCUUGGUGCGGAGCGUGUUCCCGGAGCUCCGACGCCGUGCCGCGUCACACUGCCUCUACCUGCAGGAGGUGGAGCUGCGUUGGGGUGUGACGGAGGAGGAGUCAGAGCGGGCCAUCGAGCUGUGCCUGUCAGAGGUGUGUCGCAGCCAGAUGAUGGUCGGCAUCCUGGGGGAGCGGUACGGCCUGGUGCCUCUGAAACCUGUCCUCCCUGACCUGCCGCAGCACAGCUGGCUGGAGUCGGCCCCGGCAGGCCUGUCCAUCACAGAGAUGGAGAUCCGUCAGUUCCAGGCGCUUUACCCCGACACAGCACAGCAGCGGAUGUUCUGCUACUUCAGAGAUCCAAAGAUCUCCAGGUCCGUUCCGGUGGCGUGGAGGUCUGACUUUGUCCCUGAGUCAAAGGAGGCAGAGCAUAAAAUGGCCUCUCUGAAGACAAGGAUCCGAGCCAGUGAAGUCAAGGUCACUGAAGACUACUCGUGUGAGUGGGGAGGCGUUGUGGAGGGGAAACCAUAUCUGAAAAACCUGGAGGACUUUGGAAAAGCCGUGCUGGAAGAUCUGUGGACGGCUGUAGUGAAGCAGUUUGUGGAAGAGGAUGAGGAGGCCGAAGCUUUGUCCGACGUGAUGGAGCAGGAGGUGCACCAGGGGGCGCUGCAGAGGCAGUUCUUCGGCAGGGCGAAGCUGCUGUCCGCGGCUGUGGAGAUGGUGGAGCAGGCGCAGACCAAAGGAGGGAUGAUGGUGGUGGAGGGAGGAGCUGGGGAGGGCAAAACUGUCUUCAUGGCUGCUCUGGCAGACAGCCUCAGGACUGGAGUAAAGUCCAGGAAGAACCUCGUCUGUGAUGUCAUCUCCUACUCUACAGCUGUCAGCCAAUCAGCACGCUCUGUGGAAAACCUGCUCCGAUGCCUCGUUCAGUGUUUGAGAAAGAUGAAAGACACUGAAGAGGAAUCCCCUCUCCCCCAUUCUUACAAAGAUCUGCUGUCAGAAUUUUACUCCAAUUUGAGUGACAUGAAGAAGAGGAAGACGCCUCUGGUGCUGCUCGUUGAUGGGGCGGAUCUUGUCCAAGAUGGCAGAGGUCAGCUCAGCGCUGACUGGAUCCCACAGCAGCUGCCACAGGGUGUUUGUUUGGUGGUGAGCAUCACAACUCAAGCAGCACUGCUACAAACUCUGGCCAAGAAAAGAAGCACCGUCCUGUUUGCCCUGGGGCAGCUUACCAUGCCGGACCGCAAGGAGAUAGUCCAGAAGGGGCUGGACACCUUCGGGAAGAAACUCAGUGACUCCGCAUUCAACAACCAGCUCCAGACGCUGAUCACAAAGAAGGGAGCAGCGAGUCCUCUCUACCUGCACCUGGCCUGUGAAGACUUGAGGAACUUUGCCUCCUUUGAUAAGUUGAAGGAGAGCCUCCAGGUCUUACCUCAGUCUCUCAGCCAGUUGGUUCAGUACAGCCUCGACAGACUCUGCACGCAGUACAGAGGCAUGCUGGGACUCCGCUGGGCCCUGGCAGCUCUCACCGUCAGCCCCACUGGCCUGAGGGAGAGAGACUUGUACUCUGUUCUGAACACAUGCAAUGACUUAUCCUCACGGGACGCACAGGUCACAUGGCAGGAAGCACUGCAGCUGUCCAGGAAGCCCAAAGGACGCAUUCCCAUGGCAACUUUCACUCGUGUAGUGCAGAGUUUACAAAGUCUGAUUGGUCCGUCUCAUUGCCACGACACUGAUGACCUGCUGGCUCUGACCAAUCCGGAGGUGAGGAGGGCCUUCGAGGACUUUCUCCUCCCAACAGACGGGGACAGAACCAGAGCUCACCUCGUCCUGGCAGCUCAUCUGUGGGCACUAGCCGACUCCCAGGGCACCGAUACCUUCCUUCACUGUGAGGCCAACUCUGUCAUGCAGCUGCCUUCCAACCUGAUUCAAAGUGGCCAGCCGGAGGCGCUUCAAUCCCUGCUCUCCAGCUUCUACUUCCUGAAUGCUAACGUGCGCCACAGCCUCCUGCACCACCUCCUGGAGACCUACAGCUUGUGUGAUGACAAGCACAUGUCUGCAUCCUCAUUUGGCUUCCAGGGUCGUCUAGAAGACUGCUGGAGUUUCCUGCGGCGUCACGGCCCCCUGCUCUCCUCCUGGCCGGCUCUUUUCGUUCAGCAAGCCCUCAACGAGCCCCCUGAGACCUCUGCUCACGCCUGGGCACGAGGCCUGGCGGGAAAAGGAGGGACCCGGGUAGUGGAGUGGCUAAACAAUGACAGUAAGAGUCUCCAGGAGACCAGUGAGCUGGUGUCGACCUUCUCCUCUGAACCGACCUGCGUGGUUGUGAGCUUGGAUGGAGAGCUGAUGGUGGUUGGCACCGGACAGGGAACGCUGCAUUUCAUCAGCACUCAGACCGGACAGGAAGUGAAAUCGCUGGUGAGCAGCUGUGACGGCAUCUCGAGCUGUGCCUUUCUACAUGACGGACGUCUUGCUACCACCUCCUUUGAUGGACGAAUAGAAACCUGGGACAUCGGGAACGGCUGCAGGACUGCUCUUAUUGAGGGCCACACUAAUGUGAUAACAGCAAGUGAUCUCACUGCAGAUGGGAAGCAUCUCGUAACUGUGUCUCUGGACUUCAUGCUGAAAGUGUGGUCCUCUACUAAAGGUAAUGAGGUAGCGGCCCGGCCCAGCUCCAGCCCGCUGAACUGUGUGACCUUUGACCGCGAGGGCCACCUGCUGGCGGCUGGAUGCUGGGAUGGGAAUGUGAUUGUGUGGAACUGGCUACAGAAUAAAGCUCUAACGUCCCUGUCCGGUCACCAGCGGUCUGUGCGUAGUCUCUCCUUCUCUCCCUCCUCCUCCAUGCUCUGCUCCGGAUCUAUUUCUGGAGAGGUCAGGGUGUGGUCAGUGCCCAGCUCCACCUGUGUGGGUUGUUUCCAGGCUCACUGCGGCGCCACGGAGGCACUCACCUUCCUGGAUGAAGGGAGCAUGCUGCUGAGCGCCGGCUCUGAUCACAUGCUCCAGCUCUGGUCAGGAGGACUUGGGCGUUCGGUCACUGUUUUAAAAACUGAUAAAUGCGAGCGGGAGCCUCCUCUGAAGAAGCUGAAGUCUGUGGCGUCGGAGCCUGCUGCUCUGUGUGUGGCCGUCAAUGGAGACUUCGCUGCUGUGGGUUACCACGGUGACGGCAUCAAACUCUUCAGUCUUGACUCGGGCGAGGCGAUCUGGGACUCCGGGUCCCUCGACGUGUCCGUCCUCUCGCUGCUGUGGCUCGCUGUGGACGCAGAGCAGACUGAACCCGAGUUGCUGUUGUCCGGAGGAAGUGACAAACGUGUGAGGGUCUGGAAGAUGAAAGAAAAAGAGGAGGGGCUGCUGGGAGGCCUGGAAAUGUGGGGAAUGUUUGGCGUGCAAUCAGGCACCAUCCUGGCGUUCGCACAAAACUCCACAUACCUGGCUACAGCCUCAGAUGACUUCUCCAUCGUUCUGUGGCUGCUGAGCGAGCUGGCCCUCGACUGUUCUGUUGAGCCUCGUGCGGCUCUGAGGGGCCACAGUGGCGGGGUCACCUGUCUGGCGUUCAGCCCCGAUGGUGGACAGCUACUGUCCGGUGGUAAAGAUCAGGCCCUGAUGCUUUGGGAUGUGAGUUCGUCUCCUGCUGUUCUCUGUAAGUCGCUCCUUCACUCUCACAAAGACUGGAUCACCGGCUGUGUUUGGACUGCAGACUGUGUGAUAAGCUCUUCGAACGACUCCAGGCUUUGUUUAUGGGAUCUGCAGGCAGGCCAACGUCUGGGAGAAAUCACCUGGAGGAACCCUCUCACGUCUCUCUGCUGUCUGGGUCCGUAUGUGAUGGCCGGCUGUGCAGAGGGAGCGCUGCACGUCUGGAACUGGGAAACAAACAUUGAAAUCUGCCACAUUGCUGCACACAAGCAGCGUAUACAUCACUGCUGUCUCCUACCAAACACAGAUAAGAAGAAAGAAGUCACCCCAGAAGACAUGACAGUCAUCACUGCGUCUGAUGAUGGCACAGUGCAUCUCUGGAAACCACUACAGGUGGAGCACGUCAGCACCUUCCAGGGUCACAGCGGUGCGAUAUGUGGAGUUGUUCUCAAAGAAGGAAUCCCAGAAUUCCUCACUAUUUCCAAAGACCGCUCAUUGCGAUGCUGGACGGUGACAACCGAGAGUCCUCCGUGUCUGAGAGGCUCUGUCGCUGCUCUGUGCUUCUCUCAGAGAGGAGAUUUGCUUCUUGCUGGUUAUGAAUCCGGUUUUCUGGAAUUAUGGCAGCACAGCGCUUUGGUCGGCCACAAGCAGGUUUCAGACGACGCCGUCACAGCGAUCUGCUCCAUGCCUGAUGGCCAGUUUGCCGUCAGCCACACGAAGCUUGCUGUCGAUGUGUGGAAGCUGGUCUGGAAUCAACAACACAGCACUGCAAGCUUUGUGAAGGUGACCACGUACACAGUGAAGCAGCCAGUGGUCCGCCUCCUGUCCUGCUCCGUCCUGAUCGGUGUGUCAGACACUGGGACAAUAUUUGAUGUCACAAAAUCUGGUGAACAUGAUUGGACCCACACUAUCACCAGUUGGAAUCAAAGUGUCCGAAUUUUGGGGAUGAUCCGCAACGACAACAAAAGCAUGUGGCUGGUGGGCGAGGAGGGCGGAGGAGUCAGAAUUGGCUUCUUUUUUGCCAUGGGCCCAAAAUAUCCUUUUAAUUCAGCCUUCAGUACAUUGAACCUACAGACCGAUGAGGAGGAGGAGGAUGAGGAGAAGAAGAAGGGGAGCCUGAUAACCGCCGUCAUGUUGGACAAAGAAUUUGUCGUGUGUGGGGACGUAAAGGGCAACAUGUGGUUCAACCAGCCUCCAGAGAUUUCCUCGUGGAGCAGCAAAAUACCUGCCCACAGUGAUAGGAUCAGUGUGCUGAAACUCACUGAACGCACCAUCAUCUCGGCCUCCUAUGACAGGACGGUGAAGCUGUGGGACAGAAACACCAAGAAACAGGUGGGUAUGUUUGUGUGUGGAGGUCCUGUUCUGCAUUUGGAGAUGAACCCUGAAAAACCCUCUGAACUGGUUUGUGGCGACGGACAGGGAAAGCUCUACUUCCUCUCCUGGAAGGAAUAAUCCUCAAGAUAUAUCACAUAUUCACUUAUACGCUACACUAACCAAAGAUUCUUUGCUUUAUUGAGGGUGAAUGUGCGAUAAAUAUAUUUAAAAAUGAAGGUGAAAUAUCACAUACAGGGAUACACAUCUAUGUACAAGUUGUGAAUAUGUGUUUACACGUGCCUUUAAUUUAUAUGGCAAAAAGCUUGCAAAUGUAACUAGUAUAAAAAAGAAAUAUAAUUUUGUGCAAGCUUCUUUUAUUUGAAAAUUGUAACGGCAUGAAAAUAGGAAUGUGGGAUAUGAAAUUAAUUAUCUUUUCUUUGCAAAUAAAUUAAAUGUUCAAAUUUGCACUUUGUUGUUGGUUUAGGAGAGGAGAGUUCGCUUUAAUUGCUAUUUGAGACGUUUAAUGCAAGAGACCGUGUUUGGCUCAGACAUCAAUGGCAGACGAGUAAACGCAGCUUAUCGGCUAAUGCUUUUACAACUCUGUUAUCUGCACUGAAUUGCUUCUGUUGUGUUGACGAUGGGUCAAAUUUAGUGCAAUAAAACAUGUUAAGUAAAUAAAACUAUACCCACUACUGCACACUGAA